GGCAUCAUGUCUGCUGUCGAACACGAUGAACGCUCAAGCAUUACGAACAUGGAGGACAAGUCUUCGCUGCCAUACUCGCCGAGCCACGACGACCUCUCACCUGGUGGAGAAUUCGAACCUGACUUGCGCUUUCGUUUGGCUUGGGUAUCGCUACUCAUUGUUGUCCUGAUGGCGGCUUUGGAUGCCACUUCGCUCUCUGUCGCACUAGCAAAAAUUGCUCAUGUGCUGAACGGCUCAGCCAUCGAGAGUUUCUGGGCCGGCACCUCGUUUCUCUUAACCAGCACAGUCUUCCAACCUGUCUUUGGCUCCAUCAGCGGUCUCUUUGGCCGAAAGCCAUUGCUGUACGUCUCUUUGGUUCUGUUCUUCAUUGGUGCUAUCGUCGCAUCGGUCGCGCCGAGGGGCCACGGGAUGGCCGUGCUGCUGGCUGGCCGCAGCAUUCAAGGUAUCGGUGGCGGCGGUAUCAUCGUCCUGAGUGAGAUCAUUCCGACGGAUCUGGUACCUCUGAAGGUGCGAGGCAACUAUAUGAGCAUGGUCGGUGCUAUGUGGGCUAUAGGCAGCGUGUCCGGCCCUCUGAUGGGGGGAGGAUUUGCUACCAAUGACACUAACUGGCGCUGGAUCUUCCGGAUCAACAUUCCAUUUGUUGUCAUAGGUGGUCUGAUGAUCACUCUCUUCUUGAAGCUCAACAAAAUCUCUGGCACGACAUUGGACAAGCUCAGACGGAUCGACUACUUGGGUAUCGUCGUCUUUGUGGCAUCUGUCACAAGCUUUUUGAUCCCGUUAACCUGGGGAGGCGUCAUGUACGAAUGGUCCAGCUGGCGAGUACUGAUACCCCUCUUGGUUGGAGCUGCCGGCCUUGUGUUCUUUGUCGUCUGGGAAGAAAAGUUUGCUGUCGGGCCUUUCAUACCUCUCGUCAUUGUCAAGUCAGUUAACAACGCUGCUGUCUAUCUCGGCACUUUCCUGCACGGCAUGAUCUUGUGGUGCAUGCUCUACUACCAGCCGCUGUAUUUUGAGGCAGUCAAGGGAUACAGUCCGAUUUUAUCUGGCGUUGCACUCUUCCCAGCAACAUUCACUAUCGCACCAGCCAGUAUGGUUGUUGGAAUCCUCGUGACUAAGACAGGCCGGUAUCGAUGGUCUAUCUGGGGUGGCUUUUUCUUCGCCACACUCGGCUUUGGCCUCCAGUAUAUGUUGGCUCCCGAUACGCCGACGGUGGCAUGGGUCUUCUACUCGAUCAUCACGGGUGUCGGUACGGGCCUUUUAUUUCCUGGACUAAUGUUCGGCGUUCAGGCUGCCACAGACGAAUCCAUUGUCGCUCCGGCCAUGACGCUGUUCACGUUCCUGCGCACUUUUGGUCAGGCAGUUGGAGUUGCAAUUGGCGGCGUGAUCUUCCAGAACGAGCUCAAGAAGCAAAUUAUGAGUCAUGCGUUGAUUGCGGCAAACGCAUCAGAAUGGGCGAACAACUCGAGCGCCUUGGUGGAGAUUCUCGGCCACAUGCAAGAAGGGCCAGCCAAGGCAGCGCUCGUUCAGAGCUAUGCUGAUGCGCUCAAAGUUGUCUGGGUAACUUGCUGUGCACUGGCUGGGGCAGGUCUCGUUGCAAGUUUCUUCAUCAAAGGUCACUCUAUUGACCGUGAUCUGAAGUCGGAGCAGCAAUUCGCUAGCAAGGAUAAGAAGGUCACACUGACUCAAGACGUGUAG